AUCCCUUCUCCCCUCCCUGUGACCUUUUCGUAAUAUUUCAAUCGUAACCCAACCAUAACUCCUUCUUUUCAUCACCCUCUGACCCCACCUCCAAAAUCCUGAAGACCAGAAACCCCCGCGGACUGUGACCUCCCAACGGGAUCACACAAGGCUUGUCUGGGCCCGACCUUAUUUCGGUAGUAUUUCCAACCCUGCUGGGCCUGUGCCAAGACAAGAAACAAGAAAAAAGCGCCCACCACUACCCCCCAGUACGGAAACCAGAGCUUUUAUUUCAAAGAGUUCCUACCAUCCUCCGCUCUUUAAACCAAAUACCCUUCGACUUCCGACUCAAAACACAAACGUUUCUCAUCAAAAGAGUCGCCCCCUCCUACAGUUACACCUUAAUUCCCACUUGCCUCAACGACAAUGUACGGUGAGCAGGAGCUGUUCGAUGUCUUUCAGGCUGGGAACGUCAAGAACGAUGCCCGCCCCUCCAAAUCGAAGAAAGAUCGCUCCGAGCGGAAGAAGAGGCUCGCAAACGGUGGUGGCCGCCCACAGGAGAACGAUGGCGAUUCUGUAAUAACGGACUCGCGGACUGAUGCCAUGUCGUUAGAUUCUGCUCCUGCCGUGGGUGAAAAUAAGGGAAUGGUGACUUCCUCCGGAAACCCACCGUUAGCGAAACGCCAACGUCGGGAGCCAGGCGCUGAUCCGAUUGCUACGGAUGCUUUCGAGAUUGACGCGGUGAGAGAGGUUCCCGCGUCAAGUGGGCUAACGUCCCAGGAUACGGAAGGAAAAUCUAUCAUCAUCCCUCACCAAGUCCGCCAUCAGGUUUCUCUUCCCACGGACUACCAAUACAAACCAAUCGAGAACCACAUAUUCGCCGACCCCCCAGCAAGGGCAUAUGGAUUUACCCUGGAUCCUUUCCAGAAGACUUCGGUGGCCGCAAUCGAGCGGGGAGAAAGUGUGCUGGUUAGUGCGCAUACAAGUGCCGGAAAAACUGUUGUGGCAGAAUAUGCAAUUGCACAGAGUCUGCGGGACAACCAGCGAGUUAUAUACACUAGCCCGAUCAAAGCUUUAAGUAACCAGAAAUAUCGGGAUUUCAGCGCAGAGUUCGGAGAUGUCGGGCUCAUGACCGGAGAUAUUACUAUUAACCCAAACGCAACCUGUUUGGUUAUGACAACUGAGGUACUUCAACUAAACAAUCAUGGAGGGAGAAGUCAACCAGCCCGCUAACGGAAAUAAAAGAUCUUGAGGUCUAUGCUCUAUAGGGGGUCGGAGGUCAUGAGAGAAGUUCAAUGGGUCGUAUUUGAUGAAAUCCAUUAUAUGCGGGAUAAAGGUUCAACACCGUCUUCCCACAUAACAUUGGAAUAAAUACUGAUUGCUCCUAGCCCGUGGCGUUGUCUGGGAAGAAACAAUCAUCCUUCUGCCGGACAAGGUGAGAUAUGUCUUUUUGUCCGCGACAAUUCCUAAUGCUAUGCAAUUUGCCGAAUGGAUCUGCAAAACCCACAAGCAGCCAUGUCACGUGGUUUACACUGAUUUCCGCCCUACGCCUCUUCAAACAUACCUUUUUCCUGCUGGUGCCGAUGGAAUGCAUCUUGUUGUAGACGAGAAGAGUGUUUUCAGAGAGGACAACUUUCAAAAGGCGAUGAGCUUUAUUGCCGAAAAGCAAGGGGACAAUCCUAGCGAGUUCAAUGGGCGAAAGGGCAAAGGAAGGGGUGAUCGGAAACACAAGACCAACACUGGGGGAAACAAAGGUGAGAAAUCCUGGCCCCACUGACCGUAAGGUGCUAAUCAAGAUUUCCUAGGCGGUCCUUCCGACAUCUAUAAGAUCGUCAAAAUGAUUAUGAUCAAAAAUUACAAUCCCGUAAUCGUGUUCUGCUUUAGUAAGCGGGAGUGUGAGAGUCUUGCGCUCCAGAUGAGUUCUCUCGCAUUCAACGACGAGGCUGAAAAGGAAAUGGUGGGAAAGGUAUUCGGCAACGCCAUUAGUUCAUUAUCCGAGGAGGAUAGAGCACUUUCCCAAAUCCAACAUGUCUUACCUCUUUUGCGUCGGGGCAUCGGUAUUCACCACUCAGGACUGCUCCCCAUUCUGAAAGAGGUCAUUGAGAUUCUUUUCCAAGAAGGACUUAUCAAAGUCUUAUUUGCUACCGAAACUUUCUCACUCGGACUCAACAUGCCUGCUAAAACUGUCGUAUUUACAAAUGUCAGAAAAUUUGACGGUAAGGUGCAACGAUGGGUAUCGCCCUCAGAGUUUGUUCAGAUGUCUGGCCGCGCGGGGCGUCGUGGACUAGAUGACCGUGGUAUUGUCAUCCUGAUGUUAGAUCAGACUUUAGAGCCUGCAACUGCUCGAGAGAUCGUCAAAGGAGAACAAGAUAGACUUAAUUCGGCAUUCUACUUGGGUUACAACAUGAUGCUCAAUCUCAUGAGAGUCGAAGGGAUAUCACCCGAGUAUAUGCUCGAAAAGUGUUUCUUUCAGUUCCAAAAUCACGCGAGCGCUGCAGGGCUUGAGAAGGGUCGGUUAUUAUCUACCAAAUCAUGAUUAGUUUAUGCUAAUCAUGCCACAGAAUUGGGCGAGCUUGAGACUGAGAAAAUGAAUAUGAUUAUCGAAGACGAGCAGACCGUUCGAGAUUACUAUGACCUGCGGCAGAAACUCGAUGGCUAUACCAAAGAAAUGCGCGAAGUGAUUAAUCAUCCCAACUACUGUCUGCAGUUUAUGCAACCUGGCAGACUUGUAAAAGUGAAGUAUCUCAAUUAUGAUUUUGGAUGGGGGGCCAUCGUCAACUACACCAAGAGACUUCGUUCGAAGGUGCGUAUCAGGCAGUUAUUCCCCCUGUGGUCCCAGGUUCUAAGUUACUAUAGAGUGGAGAGGAGUUUUCGCCCCAGGAAUCUUAUGUCGUCGAUGUUCUUCUAAACAUUGCCUCUGACACAUCAUCAUUCACCCGACCCGGUCAGGAGCUCCCCACAGGAGUGAGACCUCCAAGUGAAGGCGAUAACGGAAAAAUGGAGGUCGUACCUGUCCUGCUUUCUUGUUUGGCUGGCAUCUCUGGUCUCCGUAUCUUCCUCCCCAAGGAUAUGAAGUCACAAGAGCAGAGAAACAGCGCCAGAAAAAAUCUUGAUGAAGUAAAAAGGCGUUUCGUAGAUGGUAUUUCCGUCCUUGAUCCCAUUGAAAAUAUGGGUAUUACCGACGAUUCAUUCAAGUAUCUUCUUCGUGUAAGUUUCAAAGCCCUCACCUCGUCUCCACACCACUGACAUAGCCCUAGAGAAUCGAGGUUCUCGAAUCGCGCCUACUCUCCAACCCUCUCCAUAACUCCCCUAGAUUGAAGGUCUUAUAUAGCCUCUACAAUCGCAAAGUUGAAUUACAAGACAAGAUUAAGGCAGUAAGGAGAGAUAUAACUCUUGCGCAUUCAGUAAUGAAACUAGAAGAACUCAAGUACCGCAAGCGUGUGCUAAGACGGCUCAAUUUUAUCGAUGAACAGGACGUUAUUCAGCUUAAAGCCCGGUCCGCCCCCCCCUCACUUGUCUCUUUUCUCCGCUAACAAAUUUCCAGUGUCGCGUGUGAGAUUAGCUCUGGCGAUGAACUUCUCAUCAGUGAGCUCCUUUUCAACCGGGUUUUCGAUGAGCUUUCGCCCGAACAAACCGCCGCGCUUCUCUCUUGUUUUGUGUUUGAGGAAAAGUCGAACACUGAAAUCAAGCUAAAGCCCGAGCUCGAGAAGCCAUACAAAGAACUGCUAACCCAGGCAAAGCACAUAGCAAAGGUCUCUAUCGAAAGCAAGCUCCCUCUUGCGGAAGAAGAGUAUUGCCAAAAGUUUAAAUACCAACUUAUGGAAGUCGUCUACACUUGGAGUCAGGGCGCGUCUUUUGCGACUAUUUGUAAGAUGACUGAUGUGUAUGAGGGAAGCCUGAUCAGAAUGUUCAGACGCCUCGAAGAACUCUUGAGACAGAUGAUUAUGGCUGCGAAAGUCAUGGGCAAUGAAGGCUUGGAGAAAAGGUUCGAGGAUGCGAUGAGUAAAAUUAGAAGAGGCAUGACCCCCGCUCUACCAUACCUCCCGAAGUUAACACACCACUAA